UAGCGAGUCACUGGAACUCUGUGGGUGGGUUAGAAGUGUCCUGAUCUCCAGCUGGAAGGGUUUAGAGUUUACACUCUUAUUUAUUUAUUUGUAUUAUUUUGUAGACAGUGGCUGUUGGGUUAGACUUUCCCGGUGGUUUCUGAAAAGAACUUUACAUUUUUUUUUAAUCGUCUUCAUUAGUUUCACGUGAUGUCAGACUGCGAGGGGCUGAUUGGGGAUGACAGCGCCUCGGCUGCCAGCAGCAUGGAGGUGACUGACCGCAUCGCCUCCCUGGAGCAGCGAGUCCAGAUGCAGGAGGACGAGCUCCAGCUGCUGAAGUCUGCACUAGCUGACGUCGUCCGGAGGCUCAACAUCUCUGAAGAACAGCAGGCCAUGCAGAACAGGAAGGGACCCACCAAAGAUCAGCCUUCCACCAAAAAACCAGCCCCUACAGAGGCUGCUAGAUCUGUCAAUGUGUCCAAGCCAGCGAGACCCCUGAUGCCGACAUUGCCUCUAAGGCCCGUAGUGAAUAAUGGAACGGUACUACCAAAGAAAACGAGCGGUUCACUGCCUUCUUCAUCUGGAGCCAGGAAGGACACUUCAUCACCAGCAAACAAGAGUACUGUGAAGAGAGCCAGCUCAACGGAGCAGGUAGGGCCGAUACGCAGGGACAGCACGGGGGACCCCAAGAGCAGCCGCACCCGCACAGGCUCCACCAGCAGCAGCUCCAGCAGCAAGAAGACCAGCGAGAGCAAACACAAGGACCCCGUAUUCAGCGCAGGAAAACGCCGAGUGACGCACUGUAAAGAGGAAGGGUAUGUGAAAAUGUUUUUGCGUGGGCGUCCUGUUACCAUGUACAUGCCUAAAGAUCAAGUGGAAUCCUACAAUCUGGAAGCUAAAGCAGACCUGCCGGCCAAGAAGCUCAAACUGGAUUGGGUCUAUGGGUACAGAGGCCGGGACUGCCGCUCAAACCUGUACCUGCUGCCGACCGGUGAGACUGUGUACUUCAUUGCUUCAGUGGUCGUGCUGUACAAUGUAGAAGAGCAGCUUCAGAGACACUACUCCGGACACAACGAUGACGUUAAGUGCCUAGCAGUCCACCCUGAUAAAAUCACCAUAGCAACAGGGCAGGUUGCUGGAACAUCGCCUGAUGGAAAACAGCUGUCCCCUCAUGUGCGAGUCUGGGACUCGGUCAGUCUGAACACGCUCCACGUGCUCGGAAUGGGCUUCUUCGACCGGGCAGUGACGUGCAUCGCCUUCUCAAAAUCUAACGGAGGCAGCAAUCUCUGUGCAGUGGACGACUCCAAUGAUCAUGUUCUCUCUGUGUGGGACUGGCAGAAAGAGGAGAGGCUCGCUGAAGUCAAGUGUUCCAAUGAAGCUGUGUUUGCAGCAGAUUUCCACCCGACAGACACCAACAUCAUAGUGACCUGCGGAAAAUCUCACCUGUACUUCUGGACCUUAGAAAGCGGCUCUUUAGUUAAGAAGCAAGGCUUAUUUGAGAAACAAGAGAAGCCCAAGUUCGUCUUGUGUGUGACAUUUUCGGAAAAUGGGGAUACGAUAACAGGGGACUCCAGUGGGAACAUCCUGGUGUGGGGGAAAGGUACUAAUAGGAUUAGCUGUGCUAUUCAAGGGGCACAUGAAGGUGGCAUUUUUGCACUUUGCAUGUUACGCAAUGGCACGUUAGUGUCAGGCGGUGGGAAAGACAGAAAGCUGGUCUCCUGGGAUGGGAACUACCAGAAGAUACAGGAGGUUGAGAUUCCUGAGCCAUACGGACCUGUCCGGACAGUGGCUGAAAGUAAAGGAGAGUGUGUUCUUAUCGGCACGACCAGAAACUACGUCCUUCAAGGCACUUUGUAUGGGGAGUUCAACCCAAUCACCCAGGGGCACACAGACGAGCUCUGGGGCCUGGCAGUGCAUCCAUCUAAACCCCAGUUCUUAACUUGUGGCCACGACAAGCACGUCACGCUCUGGGACUCCUCCUCUCACCACCCCGUCUGGAGCAAGACUAUGGAGGACGCAGCACAGUCAGGUGGCUUCCAUUCCUCUGGAGCCGUUGUCGCUAUAGGAACGCAGACUGGGAGGUGGCUAGUUUUGGACACAGAGACAAAGGACUUGGUCACAGUUCACACAGAUGGCAGUGAGCAGCUGUCAGUUAUGCGCUAUUCACCAGAUGGUCACUUCUUGGCCAUUGGAUCUCAUGACAAUUACAUUUAUAUCUACGGAGUGAGCGACAGCGGCAGAAAAUACAGCAGAGUUGGGAAGUGCUCAGGUCAUUCCAGUUUCAUUACUCACCUGGACUGGUCCGUUGACUCCCAGUAUCUGAUGUCUAAUUCAGGAGACUAUGAGAUCUUGUACUGGGUCCCAUCUGCAUGCAAGCAGGUAGUCAGUGUGGAAGCAACCCGAGAUAUCGAAUGGGCCUCCUGUACCUGCACUCUAGGAUUCCAGGUAUUUGGACUGUGGCCUGAGGGUUCAGAUGGAACUGAUAUCAACGGCGUCUGCAGAUCUCAUGAUAAGAAACUGUUGGUUACUGGAGAUGAUUUCGGAAAGGUUCAUCUCUUCUCUUACCCAUGCUCACAAUUCAGGGCCCCAAGCCACAUCUAUGGCGGACACAGCAGUCACGUGACCAAUGUGAACUUCCUGCAUGACGACAGUUACCUCAUCUCCACUGGUGGUAAAGACAUGAGCAUUAUGCAGUGGAGAGUUGUAUAAAGGGGGCCUGGAGAAAUGAAGGAGGGCUCUGUCCAUGGGGACAAACCCAUGCAAGAAGUUUUCAACCUCAAAUGAAGCAAAAUGAAGCGAUUAUUAAAACAAAGGCUGAAUUUGACAUUUCUGAUUCAUCACAGCUCAGGAAACAAAAAAAAAAAAGAAAAUGCGUUCAGAGCCCCAGCCACCACUCAGCCUUAAGUCGAAGAUCGGUUUUUAUUUUGUGGCUAACAUUGUACUAAGGGAAGGUUAUAUGCGUACACUGCUUAGGUAUUUAGGCAAGCAAAAAUAUAGAUCGUAAACUGCCCUGUUUGUUUUCACAGUGUUUAUUCUCGGUCACACCAAUGCCUUUAGAGACUGUAAAUAUGUCUAGUUGUUUUUGUUUAAAGUCACUUCUUGUGCUGUGUACAGCUGUUGGUCCGAUGCAAUAUCUUCUCCAGUAUCAGCUCCACCUUGGUAAUUGCUGCUGUUCUCACUGGACUGUAACUUUCAGACUGUCAAACUGUACAUAUUAGUCAUUUACUCCUGCAAACUGUACACAUUGCACACCUGUGCACUGUUUACUCCUGCAAACUGUACACAUUGCACACCUGUACACUGUUUACUCCUGCAAACUGUACACAUUGCACACCUGUGCACUGUUUACUCCUGCAAACUGUACACAUUGCACACCUGUACACUGUUUACUCCUGCAAACUGUACACAUUGAACACCUGUGCACUGUUUACUCCUGCAAACUGUACACAUUGCACACCUGUGCACUGUUUACUCCUGCAAACUGUACACAUUGAACACCUGUGCAUUGUUUACUCCUGCAA